CUAUGACUUAAUGCUGCAUGGUGUCUUACAGAUGAACAUGUUAAUAUUUCACUGAUCGAAGAUGUUGCAACGAAUACGUCAACCAUAGUUGCCAAUAUGACGUCAAAUGCGCCAUCAAAUGUUGUGUAUGCAGUUUAUUGUUCAGCUGGUGAACCGUUUCCUGUGAUGAUUGAGGAUACUAACACGGCGACCGUACGUUGUAUUGGUGUAGAAGCUGGACAAAGUGCUAAUUUGAGUGUUGAAGCAUUGUAUGGUAACUGUUCUGUCGGAUCUGCGUUGAUAUCUAUUGCAACCGAACCUGACGUGGUGAAGUUCACAAAUCAGACAUCUUUAUUGACUUCGAUAUUUGUCGAAUGGGAAUUGAGAUCUGGCUUUGCUUCAGAAUUCGUCGUUAAUUGUUCAAGUGGUGUUCCAGCUUCAUCUGUCGUAUACUCCGCUGAUGAUGGUUCUGGUAGAAUAGAAUGCUUUUGUAUAAAACCAGGACAAGUAGAAGUAACGGUGGUUGCUGUCGCCAACUCCAAGCGGAGUUUAUCAGCAUCAAGAACCGUUUCAACAGAUGAUCCUGUUAAUAUAACACUGAUCGAAGAUGUUACAACGAAUACAUCAGCCAUAGUUGCCAAGAUGAUGUCAAAUGCGCCACCAAAUAUUGUGUAUACAGCGCUUUGUUCAGCUGGGGAUCCGUUUCCUACAAUGUUUGAGGCUGCAGAAACGAUAAACGUAUAUUGUAUUGGUGUAGAAGCUGGACAACGUGCUAAUUUGAGUGUUGAAGCAUUUUAUAAUAACUGCACUGUAAUAUCUACGUUUAUAUCUAUUGCAACAGAACCUGAUGUGGUGAUGUUCACAAAUCAGACAUCUUCAGUGGCUUCGAUAUAUGUGGAAUGGGAAAUGAGAUCUGGUUUUGCUUCAGAAUUUGUCGUUAAUUGUUCUAGUGGUGUUCCAGCUUCAUCAGUCGUAGACGCAGUUGAUGGUUCUGGUAGUAUGGAAUGCUCUUGUAUAAAACCAGGACUACAAGUAGUAGAGGUAACAGUGAUUGCUGUGGCGAACUCCAAGCAGAGUUUACCAACAUCAGAAAUCGUUUCAACAGAUGAUCCUGUUAAUAUAACACUGAUCGAAGAUGUUACAACGAAUACAUCAGCCAUAGUUGCCAAGAUGAUGUCAAAUGCGCCACCAAAUAUUGUGUAUACAGCACUUUGUUCAGCUGGGGAUCUGUUUCCUACAAUGUUUGAGGCUGCUGAAACGAUAAACGUAUAUUGUAUUGGUGUAGAAGCUGGACAACGUGCUAAUUUGAGUGUUGAAGCAUUUUAUAAUAACUGCACUGUAGGAUCUACGUUUAUAUCUAUUGCAACAGAUGAUCCUGUUAAUAUAACACUGAUCGAAGAUGUUACAACGAAUACAUCAGCCAUAGUUGCCAAGAUGAUGUCAAAUGCGCCACCAAAUAUUGUGUAUACAGCGCUUUGUUCAGCUGGGGAUCCGUUUCCUACAAUAUUUGAGGCUGCUGAAACGAUAAACGUAUAUUGUAUUGGUGUAGAAGCUGGACAACGUGCUAAUUUGAGUGUUGAAGCAUUUUAUGAUAACUGCACUGUAGGAUCUACGUUUAUAUCUAUUGCAACAGAACCUGAUGUGGUGAUGUUCACAAAUCAGACAUCUUCAGUGGCUUCGAUAUAUGUGGAAUGGGAAAUGAGAUCUGGUUUUGCUUCAGAAUUCGUCGUUAAUUGUUCAAGUGGUGUUCCAGCUUCAUCAGUCGUAAACGCAGUAAAUGGUUCUGGUAGUAUGGAAUGCUCUUGUAUAAAACCAGGACUACAAGUAGUAGAGGUAACAGUGAUUGCUGUCGCGAACUCCAAGCAGAGUUUACCAACAUCAGAAAUAGUUUCAACAG